AUGGAGAAAGUUUCUCUAAAGAUGAGCUUCUUGGCUACUAUUUUGGUGGUUGCAUCUUGUAUGCCCUUCUCAAAAACAACUGGAGCUGAUGUCGAUGUGAUUGCUGAAACUAAACAAGAAAGUUUUAAGGAGCUAGUCAUGCAAAAAGGUCCUUGUACAAGUGAUCAUGAUUGUCUUCAAUAUUGUCCUCCACCCCGAUGCAGUGAUAGACAGUGCGAAAUUAAUGUGGGUCGCUGU